CCGAUGGAGGACCUGUACGAGUUCAAAGAAUUCGUGAACACAGAUUGGCCAACCUCCGAUUAUGCGCUAUUGCAGCCUUUCAGCGAAGACGAGUGCCGGAACUCAUGCUUGCACGACUGCAUGUGCGCGGUGGCGGUUUACAGGGAUGGCCAGAGUUGCUGGAAGAAGAAGCUCCCGCUCUCCAAUGGGAGAAUUGUCCCUACACUCAACGGGAAGGCCAUGAUCAAAGUCCCAAAGCUCUACUUUCCUCCUACUGACGAUUCCCGAUUCCGGGAGCCAACGGUAAAAUAUGAAGAUCAGAAAACUUUGGUUUUGGUAGGAUCAGUGCUUUUGGGACUGAUCGGCGCUUGCGUGGGUUUUUUCCUAAUCCACCGCAAACAACUCAAGAAAAUAUCCACGAAAGGGAAAAUGGUGGAGACGAAUUUGCGCUAUUUCACUUACCAGGAGCUCUUCCAAGCCACGGAAGGGUUCAAGGAAGAGCUAGGGAGGGGAGCUUUCGGGAUUGUUUAUAAAGGGGCGAUUUCAAACGAUGUAGCGGUGGCAGUGAAAAAGCUGACUAGCAUGAUGCAGGACAAGGAGAAGGAGUUCAGAACCGAAGUGAAUGUGAUCGGUCAGACCCAUCACAAGAAUCUAGUCAGAUUACUCGGUUUCUGUGAUGAAGGGCAAGAAAGAUUGCUGGUUUAUGAGUUCUUGAGCAACGGCAGUCUGUCGAGCCUUCUCUUUGAAGAAGAUCCAAAACUGAAAACCCCUUGGAACAAGAGAUGCCAGAUCGCUUUCGGAGUAGCCAGGGGACUAAUGUACUUGCACGAUGAGUGCCCGGUGCAGAUCAUCCACUGCGACAUAAAGCCGCAGAACAUCCUCCUCGACAACUAUUGUGUUGCGAAGAUCUCCGAUUUUGGGAUGGCCAAGCUCCUAAUGAUGAACCAGAGCUACACCCAAACGAACAUCCAAGGGACGAGAGGGUACGUCGCUCCCAAUUGGUUCAGCAACCUGCCCAUCACCGUGAAAGUGGAUGUGUACAGUUUCGGUGUCCUGCUUCUCGAGAUAAUCUCUUGUAGGAGUUGCUUGGGAAGCCAAACAAGUGAAGAAGAAACAGAGAGAGAGGCCUUGAUCGAUUGGGCUUAUGAUUGCUUCACGGAGGGAAGGUUGGAUGUACUAGUCGAAGGCGACGUUGAGGCUCUGCUAGACAGAGAGAAGCGGAAGAAUCUGGUCAUGGUCGCGUUCUGGUGUAUUCAAGAGGACCCCUCUUCGAGGCCGACGAUGAGGAAGGUGACGCAGAUGCUAGAAGGGGCAGUGGGAGUGCCUGUUCCUCCAUGUCCAUUCCCUUUCAAUAGCUGCAACUCUUCAAUCGUUCCAUGAAAUCAUGAUGGUAUCCCUUCUCAUACAUACGGGCAGAGCUGUGUGCGUUCAUUAUAUAGGUAGUAAUCUUAUUGUGCUAUAGUGAGCAUGUUGUUUAGUAUUUUGUUAAUUCAAGUUUAGCAUGCUAAUCAUGAGAAUCUUGACCAGCCUAUGCUGCUGAAUAUAUCUACAUCUGCGAAGGCAAAUUAAUUUAUCGAUGCAGUUGAUUUUA